CUCACCUGGAAGCUUGCACGUUCAAAAUGGUUGCUUGUACCAACGACCAUUGUCUUGAGCAGGUGAAAAGAAAAGACCUCGAACAACACGUGACAAUCACAUGCUCGUGGAGGAUCAUAGAAUGUGAAUACUGUGAAGAACCACACCCAAGGAGGCACUUACAGGUAAACAAAGCUAAAAACAACAGACCUUCGCGUAUUUUGCAAGAUGCCUCUUUAGCUCUCUUUAACCCUCCACAACAGAUUUUAACAGACCAAAUGAAUACCUCUUUCCUUUGAUCUUUGACUUGGAUUUGUGAGUGAAACUUUUCACUUGCCGACGAAGUGCCGUGGACGCCUGUGGCUGCAUUGCAGUGAAACGUCUCGGGAAGUUAUUUCUUUUAUAUAUAUUAUGGUAUUUCGUAAAAAUAGGAAACACAAAGCAAGUAUAGGUAGCAUUCUGCUUUCAUUUCUCCCACACUGAAUGUCUUUACUUAGGAAUACUGCACCGCCCAUGCUCAUGGGGACGAUUAGUUAGUUAGCAUUUCGCCAUUUUCAAACACAACAGAGCCGAGAACAUAUUGCUCGAGUCACAGACUUUGAAAAAUGGCAUCUCAGGUAUUACUUUCACUGUGUAUUUUCCAAUCCCCCUUAAUACAUUAGUUUUUGGUAGUUGUGGGGAGGGUAGGGGGGAGAGGAGGAAACUGAGUGUAUCAUGGGGAAUUGAAAAAUAGAGAAUCGGGUUGUGAAAUUCUGAAAAAUUUCUCUCGGUAUAAUUUUAUACUGCCUGAAAAAAACUUGUGAUGGUUUUCAGUUUAAGUGCAAAUUACAAUAUUUGUGUUUUGCAGGUUCACCUGGAAAAUUGCAGCAAGAUUCCACUUUCUUGUCCUAACAGCUGUGGAAAAUUAAUUCCUAGAGAAAUGGUACAUGCACCUCAUUUCAGUUUAAGUGAGGUCAUUGAUGGUACAGUAGUGGUAUAUAUCGCAGGCAUGGCGACUGUCUGGGUACCAGCGAGUACGGUUCUUAGCAAUGUCUCUGUUUUCAAAAGUUAAAAGCGAUCUCCCUAAUAAAUAGACAACAAAAAGACUAAAACGUCUUAGCUAAGAUAUAUAUAUAUAAAUGAAUGAUACCUAAAUAUAUAAGUAGAUAAAAACACAAAUUAUACGCGAUGAGCUAUACGAUAUGGUGUCAGGUCGUAGUCCUUGAUGCGUUGUGACUAACUAAAGCGGCUGAAAUAGAGCCUUGAGAGGGAUUAGGAUUCCGACCUUUAAAACACUUUUCUUCAGAAGUCAUCCUUGGAGAUCGAGAGGCAAUCAGUCGGGUCAAAAGAAACGGCGCUACGAGAAUUCACAAGAACGGGUGGAAGAGCCCUUUCCACCCAUGCUUGGAAACGUUUCCUCUUAACCCGACUGACUCAGCGCCCCUGGAUCUCCGCGGAUGAUCUGACCUUUGCUUAGCAUUGGGUCUGUUUAUUAAGUCAGUUUGCCUAUUUAAUUUUAUUAUUUUCUUUUAGGUUCCAAACCACAUUGAUAACGACUGUCCCUUGUCUUUAGUCCCCUGCCCUCAUGCUCAAAUAGGAUGCACUGAAAAGGUUUGUUCUUGAUCAUUAACUCUUUAAAUUUAUUGUGAAAGCUGUUUACAGGCACUCCACUAAAAAAAUAAUUCGUUACAAAUAAUAAUCCAAAUAGAACAUAACAAGAUAAAAAAAAAACACAACAGGCUGGACACGACCAAUUGGCGAGGACCGACCGAGAACAAAUCCAGCUAUAGCUGUAGUGGCCAUAGAAAGACUUAAAAACACUUACUGGGCUAACAUGAACUUUUAUAUGCAUUAGGCUCCAAAAUCUAUACGCUGUAUUCUGAGGUAAUCUGUCUUCUUACUCCAGUUUCAGCGCAAAGACGUGGAUCCUCAUCUUCAAUCACACACCCGAGAGCAUCUUGACUUAGCCCGUGUUAAACUUAACAGCACACAGGUUCAGUUGAAUGAGACACGAGUUCAGUUGGAUGAGACACGAGCUAAAUUAAGCCGUUUGACCCAGGAUCAGUUAACAAUCAUAAAAGAAUCUCAAGAAACAAAAAUAAAAUUUGAGGAGAAUUUAGAGGCACUUCAAAAGCAGAUAAAUACUAUGAUCGUGAAAUUAAAUGGAGAUAGUGGCGAUACACUUUUUAAGUGGGAAAUCACAUCUUUUUUGAGUGAAUUUAUGAAGCAAAAUGAGGGGGAAGAGCAUAAAACGAUAGAAAGCGAUCCAUUCUACACUGCAUUUUGUGGAUACAAAUUAAAAGUGUUUGUCGAUCUUAACUACAGCGGACAGUAUCAUCGAGAACUCUCGAUCGGUGUCAGAUUAAUGGAAGGUGAAUAUGAUGACCUAUUACCCUGGCCUUUCUCGUUGACAAUAAUGUUCACAGCGUUUGGACAAGAAAAGGUGGAUAAGUUAACGACUAAACAGAUAACCCGUGUAAAACUAUUGAUCCCAACUAAAGAGAAUUUAAGUUUACCAUUAUUCUCAAGGAGACCAAGAGGAGGUUCGACAGCUGAUGGCCGGGUAGAGGAUUUCCUAGAAUCAUAUCAUAUUCAAGAAGGAAGCUACAUUUUAAAAGACACUCUCUCUCUUCAAGUCAAUGUAUUAAGAAGACCUGAUACCAACCUAAGCUGUUCCACGCCUGGGUCUAAGGGUUACCGGCGUAGCUACAAAACAUGA